UCCGGUUGUCAAUCUCGUGUCCCUUCGGUGCGUCUAUACCGCUACCCUAUGCAUUUCGCAUCAUCAUCAACCUGCCACGGCUGGUGAAGGGAGGGAGCGAAGGAGUCCUCAUUUUGAUCGACCAAAAAAUACCUCACCAACCGAGACACAUCUCCCACAAGUCAGACAUACUGCCGCGGCGGAAACAUAUGGUUCAGUAAAUUCGCCGUCGCUUUUAACGACACCGGUCUUCACUCUGUUUACGUAAACGGGACAGUUGUGUACGACAACAUACUCCAGUGGCAAUCGGGAUUAAAGAUCUCGCUGCAUCUAAAGUUGGGAUCACUAUCUCUGGCCACCGAAGAUGUCCGAAGAUGCAGUUCUAAUACCGGACGACCGAGCUUUCAGCAGUUUCAAGAACGAAUGUAAUUCAGAGGAAGGAUGGAACUUGACCUACAACAAGUCUGGAAUAACUGUAUGGAUUCACAUUUUAGAAGAGGAGAAAUCGUUGCAUAAAAUAAAGUGUCGGAUGGUGUGCAAAGAUGUCUCUGCGGACACCAUGUACGACGUACUCCACGACAUCGAGUACAGGAGGAAAUGGGACGCCAACGUCAUUGAGACCUUUGACAUUGGCAAGCUGACUGUCAACGCAGAUGUUGGCUACUACUCAUGGAAGUGUCCAAAGCCAUUGAAGAACCGUGAUGUCAUCACCUUGCGCUCGUGGCUCCCUAUGGGAAGUGAUUACAUCAUCAUGAACUACUCUGUCAAACACCCAAAAUACCCUCCAAAAAAGGACAUGGUGCGGGCUGUGUCCAUCCAGACAGGCUACCUGAUCCAGAGUAAUGGACCCACCAGCUGUACCCUCACUUACCUGGCACAGGUGGAUCCCCGAGGGUCAUUACCCAAGUGGGUUGUCAACAAGUCUUCCCAGUUUCUGGCUCCCAAAGCUAUGAAGAAGAUCAACAAGGCGUGCCUGAAGUAUCGGGAGUGGAAGCAGAGGCAUAACCCUGGAUUCAAGCCCUGGCUGUACCCUGAGCAGAACAGCCUCUCCAGCAUACCCCUGUCAGAGCUCAGCAUCCAGCACGCCGACUCCCUGGAGAACAUCGACGAGAGCGGCCUGAGCGAAGCCAAGGAGGAGAGGGGGGAGGGUAGUGACGAGGAGGGGCCUAACUGAGCGUGAUGAACCCCCCCCCCACUCACACCAUUUACACAUGCCCUGUCACAUACAAACACUAUCACACCAUUUCUCUCUGUUUCACACACACACACACACACACACACACACACACACACACACAC